AUGGCGGACACAGUCGAGGAGAGCAAGCAAUCCAUUUCUGGAGAGGGACAGGCUGAUGCCAAUGCUUCUGUAGGAGCAAAGGGCAGUGCGGAAUCAUCGAGUAAGAAAACCGAAAGGAAGACGCCGAAGAAGCUGGGCGGAAAGAAGCCUCAACAGCAGCCCACUCCUGACGCCACUCCUGCCCCUGAUAGCGAUGGCGAAGGGAACGCUGAGCAAGAGGACGCAGAAUCAAAGAAGCAAACCAACGGCGGCGACGCCGACGACUCGGACGAACCCCAACAAGAAAAGUCAAAGUCGCAAUCGAGGCGCCGCCAGUCUCGAGGCCGCGGACGACGAGGCGUGGAAUCUGGCGCCGAGUCUGAUGCCCGAUCAGAUGUCUCGCAAUCCGGAGGCCGUCGUAACCGCCAGCGCCAGAAGAAGGGCGGAAAGGGAGGCGGCCCACUGGACGACAUUACCGAGAACGUGCCUGGAGGCGAGCUUGUUGGCGGAGCUGGCGACAUGGUCCAAAACACUGCUGGAAAGGCCGUUGGCUCCGUCGGCGAUACAGCUGGCAAGGCUCUCGGUGGCCUGACUGGCGGCGGCAAAGAAGAUGACGGCGGCAAAGACGGCGGUGAGCAGCUUAGGUUGCGCCUGGAACUCAAUCUCGACAUUGAGAUUCAGCUCAAGGCCAAGAUUCACGGUGAUCUUACCCUUGGAUUGCUUAACUAA